UGCAUCUUUGUCUUGCUAAAACAGAAUGAGUGUUUUUAACCGUCUGGCACCUUUGAUCCCACGAGUGCCUGACUCCAGCAGACAAACAAAGGAGCAUCCAAAAGUGUGUUUGUCACCUCCUCUGCCUCUUUCUUCUCCCGUCAUUAAGAAGAAAGCCAUUCACAUCCCAUCAUUUGAUGAGAAGGGACUUAUCUUUGAAAAACACAACACAAAGCUGUACACGGCGGACAGAUCAUUUGAUUCAAUUUGGACAUCCAAGACACCAAGCCCGCCCUCGAGGAGUAAAUCAUGUCAGCUUUCACAGAGAAACCAUGGAGAAAGAGCUUCAACCCUCCCAAGGACCAAACCUCAAACAUGCAGCUCUCAGUCUCUCUCUGCAAAACCCAGCACCUCCAUUUCUCCUUCUCCUAAGCCAAAUUCCUCUCUCACUCUUCCCACUGUCAAACCAAAGCCAAGUGAUUCUCUUCAUCUUCCCGCCUCACAGGCGAGUGAUCUUUCUCCAUUACUGCACCAGCCAGCACCAAAGCCAAGUGUAUCUCCAACUCUGACAGUCCCAACACCCAGGCUAAGCCCAUCUCCAACAUCCCUUUGCCAAGGGACGAGCUCAGACGGUCCACCAGUAAAACAGCCUUCUCCUAUUGCAAAAGAAAGACAUGCUAAAUCGAUUCCCAUCUGUAAUGUCAAAGCGGAGACAUCAAAUGAGAUAAAGCAUGAAAUUCUUGACCAGGAUGCUUUACUGGACUUUACUCACCCUGAGAUGAGAAAAGGUCGUAUGAACAGAGAUUCUCAACAUCAGACUUACUCAGAAUCCUACAGACGCCCGGUCACAUCUUCAAAUCCUUGCUUUCUGCAAAGCAAACUUGGACUAAGUAAAAAAGACAAUACUGCCAAAGAUGAAGCAAAGGCUCUGCAAAGGAGUACAGACAUUACUGCAUUACCUAAACCAAAGUGGAACAUCAAUCAGCACCAGGAACUUCAACCCAGUAGAAUGACAGGUACACAAAUAUCCACUAACUCUAAAGGCAUUAAGUCUGCUAACGUUGAUCACUGGGAGUCUCCGUCAGUGUUUGAUGGACCGGCCACUCUGUCAGGUCCUCAAAGAAAAUAUAAAAACUACCCUCAGAAGAGCAAUUACUCUCAGACCUUACAUUUUACCUCAGCUCACCCACCAUAUGAGCAACUGUAUUCUGAGAAAAAAGCAGCUUUACCCGUGACUCCUCAAACAUCCUUUUCCACUGAGCCUCUUUUUAAUCAGUCAGGCGUUUCGCCAAGCAUCGAGGCAAGGAGGAGACGGUUCGACCUGCACAGUGAAACAAGACCAGAAGCAGCAUUGCUAUCAGCUUCUCGUCCCAGGAAACAGCAGGAAGAAAACAAUAAUCAGACAAUUACAGGAAACUCUCAUAAAAUCUUUCAUGAAACUGGUGCAUCUCAAAACAUCAAGUCCCCACAGAGACCCCUCAGGUUCCCGUCAAAGGCACAGAGUCAAACUGUGGAUGUAAGGUGUGCAGUGAGUCAGUCUCACUGUUUAUCAAAGGAUUACAGCUGCCAGUCAAGAGAAGCUGAUCAGAAAAUGGAGGCUUCCCAGUGCACACACAGGUUAAAUCAGCUUAAGACAUGUCAGGUGGCACCUCAGACCCAGGAGGCCUCCCACCCUCCCUCUGGUGUGUGCACCACCUCACAAAGGGGAUCCUUUUUGAAACCUGACCUUCAGUCACACAGAUGUGGCUUAGAUCAGGAACAGUCUCCUCCUGACAAACAGAUGAAGGUCAGCAGCACAGGACUGAAUCAAACAGACAUGUUAGCACCACCUGACCACCGUGGGGUGCCAGCAAAGCUACCAGAACAUCCCUCAGAGAAAUAUGUUGCAAGCUGGCCCCCGUCUGUAGCGCACUGCCCAUUCAGCACAGACAGUUUUGGCCUAAGCUCAAAGGGGGUCUUUGACAGAGUAUACCAGAGCCUGGAAAAGACAACAACAGCAACAACAGCUUCCAGUCUACUAAAUCAGCUGAAUGACUCUGAAACAGGCAAAGUAUUUUUCUCAGAGGAAUCAGAAGACCCCUAUUACGUCACGAUGUAUUACCCAGGCUCAAUUUAUGUGGGUGAGUACAAAUAUAUCCAAGUCACCUGCAAGAUUUUAACAGAACAAACCCAGCGACAGCACCUCUUUGAUGCCCCUGCUUUUAUUUGGAGUGGGAGUUGA